GAAGGGAAGCCCGCGGCGCCCGCCUCCGAGAGGGGCCCAGCCCCGCCGUCGCUGCUACCGCCGUCCCAAGGAGCGGGCCCGCCGCGCCGUCCGGCGUUCCGGGGGUCCGAGCCGGAGAGGGAGCGGGAACCCAAGCAGGCAGAGCGGGAGCCGGCCGGGUGGGUGGGCGCCGCCCGCCAUGGACCACAAGCCCCUGCUGCCGGAGCGGGCGCCCGCCUACAACCUGGAGCCUGGCCAGGGCGACUUCGCGUGCGGCCCGCACGGCUACGGCGCCAUCCCCACCGCGCCCCCGCCGCCGCCCUACCCUUACCUCGUCGCAGGGAUCCCCACCCACCACCCCAGGGUCUACAGCAUCCACAGCCGAAAUGUCACCCGGUACCCUGCCAAUUCCAUCGUCGUCGUGGGAGGCUGCCCAGUCUGCAGGGUUGGCGUUCUGGAGGACUCCUUUACCUUCCUGGGCAUCUUCUUGGCCAUCGUCUUGUUCCCUUUUGGCUUCAUCUGCUGUUUUGCCUUGAAGAAGCGAAGAUGCCCCAACUGUGGAGCAAACUUUACUUAAAGGGAAGAACACACCUGGCUUUCAUACACCCAGCUAUCUUUUUCUAAUGUAAAUGUUGUGUACAAUAGCUUUAUUUGAUUAAGCUUCAGGACUGUUUUGUGAGAUGGGCUACACAUUUGGCAUGUGUGAGCCGAGGUUUCGUGAGCAUAGGGGUUACGGAGUGUGGACACAUACCCACACUGCUCCCGGGGUUAAUGACAACUCAAUAAAGCACUGCUUUUAUUUUUUGCAGUCUUCAAUUUGAGAAAGGUGAGAAAUACUGUUUUAAAUAAAUGAAAUUCAUACCAUUGUU